AUGGGCGGGACCCUCAAGAGCCUGGAGAGGGGCAGGGGGGACUCCUUGGAGCCGCUGCAGCCCAAAGCAGAGAAGAAGGGGAGCCCGGGAGCCCAAAAAGCCCCGGCAGCCCUAAAUGGGGAGAGCCAAGAGGGGGGAGCUUUUGGGAUUGCUGGGACUCCCAGCAGCCUGGGGAGGGCGGGCACCGAGGAGAAGGGGGACACCCAAUCCAAGCGAUUUCCCAUUCCCAACCCCUGGGAGGCUGUGAGGAAGAGGAAGGUGCCCCGGGACAGCCAGGCACAGCAGGAGCUGAGGAUGGAGAGCAGGGAGGACAAAUCCCCGCGGCAGAACCUCGUGGAAGAGGCCGUUUUGAGCAGCUCCACGGUGCAGGAACCCAACGGGGAGGAAAAGCCCCGGAGAUGCCGCACGAGGAGGGGCUGCAAAUGCAGAUCACGGGGAUCUGAGGAGGAAAGAACCACCCUGGGCUGGGGAGGCGGCCGGAAAUGGAACCAGAGCUCGGAGCUGGUGGUCCAUGAGCAGCUCCAGGAUGGGGAGAAGCCCCACAAGUGCUCGGAGUGUGGGAAGAGCUUCAGGUACAGCUCCCAGCUGAUCAGGCACCAGAGGAUCCACACUGGGGAGAGGCCCUACGAAUGUGGGGAGUGUGGGAAGGGCUUCUGCCUGAGAUCCAGCCUGGUCAGCCACCAGGUGAGCCACAUUGGGGAACGGCCCUACGAGUGUUCUGAGUGUGGGAAGGGGUUUAAGACCAGCUCCGAUCUCCUCCUGCACUAUCGGACUCACACAGAGGAGAGGCCUUUCCGCUGCCCCAACUGUGGGAAGGGAUUCAAGUACAACCAAAACCUCAUGAGGCACCAGAGGAUCCACACUGGGGAGAGGCCCUACAAGUGUUCCAAGUGUGGGAAGAGGUUUCAUACCAGCUCCAAUCUCCUCAAGCACUAUCGGGUUCACACGGAGGAGAGGCCCUUCUGCUGCCCUGACUGCGGGAAGGGAUUCAGGCAGAAGUCCCACCUCAUCCGCCACCGGUGCAUCCACACCGGGGAGAGGCCCUACGAGUGUCCCCAGUGUGGGAAGAGCUUCUCACAGAGCUCUAACUUGACCCAACACCAACGGAGGCACCAGUAAGGGAAGCCCUGUGAGUGCCCCGAGUGUGGGAAGAGCUUCGUGUGCUGCUCCAGCUCCGUCCCCCACUGCAGGACCCAGGUUGGGCAGAGCCCUGGUGACCCACAUUCCCUGUGAUCCAUGUUGGGGACAAUAUUCUGGAGGAUAGAUGUGGGUUCUGGAGGUAUACUGGAGGAGAGAUGUGGCUUCUGGGGGUAUUUUGGGCAGUGUACUCCAUCUCUUUGCCCUCCAAAAGCCAAGAGGGUCACCUCAAAACAACUCAAUCCCACUGAAAACAACUCAAUUUUAAUUCAUAUGGGCUCAAUCCCACCUCAAAAUGGCUUGUUCCCAACUCAAAAAAACUCAAUCCCAUGCCAAACUCACUUGUUUCCACAGCUGCCAGGUUGAGAUGGGGUUGGAAGGAGACUGGGAGAAGUGGGAUCCCAAUUUGGAGCGGUGGGAUGGGGAUUGUGUGGAGCUGGGUGGCUGGGAUG